AUGUUUCUAAAUUUUCUAGAUUGAAAGUGUCGAGAUAAGUUUGAUAUAAUGGAGAUUCAUCAUUCACAUUUAUCAUCAGCUAGCUUGGAAGAUGAUAUUAAUGAAAUUUCUCAACCAAAUAUUUCUGGUUUACAAACUGAAGAAAUAUCUGCAAAACAGAAGGAAGUAAAAUCAUCAGCUGAUGUGGUUCCAAGAAAACGCUACAAUUUCCUUAGUUUAUUUUCUCUUAGAGAUAUCAAUUCUUGCAUUCUGAUUUCGGAGAAUAAACGAGUAAUUUGUUCUGUCAUGAUUUCGUUAUUAGUUGUCCUGUCUUAUGCCCAUAUACCACUUAGUAUAGCGAGGUCAAAUAGCUUUGUUGCCUCAAGGCCACUUUACAUAUUGUUGCUAACUGAUUUUACAAUAGUGAUUGCACGAAUAGUUCGCAAGGAAGUAGUUCCUGAUGAAGAAAGGGCCAAAGACACAGAACGAGGGAAGGAUAAUUGGGAUGGAGCUCUAUCCAUAUUGGAGUAUGGUUUGGUUCUCUAUCAGUCAAUUCGAUCAAUCUUCAUAGACUGCAGUUUCUAUUUGGUCAUUGUAAUAUGUGGUCUGUCUCUCAUAUAG